UUUGUAGUUUAUUAGAUAAUUUUAUCGUAUCAGACAAAUUUUAUCCUUCGAGAAGACGCUGCUAUCGAUACGUCAACGACUUGGAUGUGGUGGUUUCUUACGAGUUGAUCAAUCUUGAAGAUUUGCAUUUAAGUGGAAAAUAUUAUAAAUGUUUCAACACUACACCCAAAUGCAGGAACGCGAAGAAAAAACGCCAACUCCGAAGAAAAGUCGAUUUGUGCCAUAAUAAUAAUACAGUCAAUGUAGAACAUUCUAGUCCAGUACCAAAUAACGAAUCAAAAUUCAAUCGUAACUGUUUUGACAAUAAACGGAUUCGAAACAAUUAUCAUUAUUUUUCGGACGGUGAAUUAUGCAAAAUGCCAAUGGAUUUUGAAAAUUCAUCUAUGAAAAAUAGCUUUUCAAUGUCGUCGCUUCAGCCUUCUAUACGUGGACGUUUAAAGCAGUCUGAUCAAGCGGCUAAUGUCACGCCCGUGCUUCCAAAUAGAGCCUACAAUAGCCUGAAUCAUAAACUUAAGAAACGAUCUCCUGAACAAGAAUGCUGGCGAAAUUCAUGGGGUCAGGAUGAUCAAAAAGAUGAACUAUGGACAGCAUUUAAUUCCAACUAUCAAUAUUUAAUGAACAAUAAUCUUAUAGAAAGUUGUACGGAGGUAAAAAAUGACUUGAAUUUAUCUCCAUCCAGCGAUUGGACGUUUACCUAUUUUAAACAACAGUACAUCGAAUUAGAUUCUUGGCUUAAUAGCGUACAAAGUGCUAUUUACGCUAAAGAAGAAAAUUUAACUAUUGGCAACAUAAGACUGACUCAUGUAGAAGAAUUGCAACGUAAAAAUUACCAAAGAAAGAUAUUCGUUAGUCAAAGUUCACGAUUAGUUACCCAGUAUCCGCAAUAUAAAGAUGAAAUUUUAGAAUACGUAUCUCAAUUGAACUUUAAAUGGGAUCAGUUAACACAAACCGUAUCACCGAAGAGGAAUAUUAGUACAGAUUAUUGCUCCAUUUAUAGAGAUGUUCAACGUGAAUUAAAUUGUCUUCGAAAUUGGAUAAAAGCUAUGGAGAAGAAAAUUCAUCCUCUUAAUUUUCGAACUGUGUGGUCCCACGAUCAAUUAAAAUUGAAAGCUAAAGAACAUGAGAUCAUACAAAGAGAUGUCGAGUCACAUGGCAAAACUGUCUUGACAGUGGUGAAAUUUUGCGAAAAGUUAUCGCAAAGCGGUACCGAGUCCGAUGGAGUGAAAGAUGCCAGAUGUGAGACACCAUUGAAGACAGCGCAGCAUUGGGAACGAAGGUGGCACUUCUUGUAUUUGAGGUGCCUCGAGUGGCAGUGCUAUAUCGAAGAACAGCUUAAUAAUUUGAAGAAGAAGAAAAGUAUCGAGAGCGCUAAUGAUACGGGAGCUGAAAGUGACGAUGAACAACCUGCUUCUAAACAUCUACGAUUGGAAGGCUACGAAUGCACAAAAAUUGAAAAGCGAUCGUCUUUUUUAAAUAAGAACGAAAACAACCAUGUGGAUAAAAUAAUGGAUACUAGUGAAAGCGUCGUUUCGGCCAUGAAUAAAGAUCCAAUCGUAAACGGUAACAAUAACGUGCAUAUGAUUGAUUCCAUCAAACAGUCCAAUCAAAUCAACGGUGGCGAUGUACAAUUGAAUGAAAAUUUCAACUCGUACGCUAACUUGAUGAAGUUGCCUUUGGAAGAAGUUAUAUUGAAUGAUUCGGCGUUAUAUAAUAAGUCCGAUAAAAGCGCAUCAAACUACGGCGUGUUUUACGCAAAGCACAUCGAUACGGAUUCGGAGCAUGAACGUAGACGAAAAAACGGUAUUGUGAGGAACACCCACGAGGAAUUGAAAUCAGCGGACGAGUCUUCAGAAGACGAAUGGACUUACACUUCGGCUAAAAUGGACAAAAACGGGACCAAUGACAACAACUCGAUGGAUACAGAUACUUCGGAAAAUGAGGGUUUGAACGAAGAUAGAACUUUGGUGGAGAGCACAGACGAGCUGCGCGAUUUAUCGCGAAAAGUUCUCAGUGGUGAGAAGUUGAGCAAACCUUGUAUACAGAAAUUAGUCGAACAAGUGGAUGAAUUGGUACAGUCGCCGAAAAAAGUCGCUUCUCGUAAGAAAAUCCCUGCUGCGGUUAAGCACGCUGAGCGUGUACGCGAAUGGCUGAAAAAAUGUCAUUCGGAUGAAAAUUACAACACGGCUACCUCGGUUGGAGAUAGUUGCGAUGCCAGCGGGGAAUAUACUACAGAAGAUGACGAUCAAUACGAACGGCGAUCAUCUUGCGAUCAAACCUUGACACUUAUUGGGUCUUCGCGAGAUAACGGUAUCGAUUCUCCAAUGAACGAAAGCUUGUCUAUUGCCGAUACACCUAAGGUUAUUCUUCGUCCAAAAUCUAAUUUUAAGAAGUCUCGUCCGCUGAGCACAUCAGAAUUACCCCAGUGUUCGCGUAAUAAGCUAACGUCUCAGUUCUCCGUAUCCGAAUCAGCUUUGCAUAAAAUGAUAGCGCCUCUGAAAGAUGCCCAAGGCGCAUUAUCGUCAUCGACCAUCGAAGAAUGCACAACUCAAACAUUGGACGGUAGUGGAUGCAGUAUGAACUCGUUACGCAGACGGAAAUUAUUAAAACAUCGCCGACGAAGCAAUACGGGUCGGAAAACGCAUUCCGGUUCUGCGGACAGUUUGUCAUCUGUACAGUCUCCUGAUUCGUCUACAAGACGUAGAUCUCCAACUAAACUACCGUCGUAUCCGGUGAAAUACGACGCUUCUUCUGAGCCGAUGUCCAGACGUAGAUUUUCAUCUGUCGAACGAACGAUUGCCAGUGAUCCGGCAAACGGUGUGGUGCUUUCGACCAGCGGCACCGAAACCGAAGAAGACAGGGCUAAUGGAAAAUGCUUCAUACCGAAGAAAUUACUCAAUUUACCAGCUUUUCGAUUAGGUCCUCAGUACGGAGCGGUCACUUGUAGGGAUACGGUUCCUUUGAGUGUUACGUCCACCGAAGAACAACUAAGUUCGUUCUCUGAACAAGCUUGGGAUAGUUAUCAAGAAAAAUAUAUGAGCGAGGCAUACAGCGAAGAACCAGUUGAUCCUGAUCAAGUAAAGAAAUUGUUAGAAUUCGGAGACGAUUACCGUAACUUUAUCGAUAGUCAAUCCGACUGUGCUUCCAGUCUGACUCGUAGAUCUCAUAAUGCAUUAGGUUAUAAUAAGCAUUUGGCCUGCGACGAGAGCUCUGCUCCAGAUAGCGAUUCAGAUUUGGAAGACGUUUACAAUUUCUUGAAACGAAGUAAUAAUCAACUGUGUCACUGCGAGCAAGUGUUUGCCAAGUUGACCGCCAAGCCGGGAUUGGAUUAUUUUGUCAGUUUGAGAAAUACGUGUCGCGAGAAUAUCCGAUGCCAUAGAUUAUUACUAGAACAGGUGAAAGAAGACAGAUUACCAGCUAUUACUCAGCAAGUUUCCGGUAUGCUGGAAAAAUGGCAAAUUCUCGAAGAAAAAGCCGACGACCAAGAGAAGAUAUGCUCUUUACGAAAAAACGUCAAAGAUUUACACGACUGGUUAUUCGAUUUCACGAACAAUAUGCCUAAUAUGGCGUUAAAUAUCAACGAUCGAGAUCAACUCGAACGAAACAUACGUCUAGUCAAGACGGAACUGGACAAUCUAAACGAUAAGAAAGACUUAAUCACCACGUACAACGCUAGAGCCCAUAGAUUACUAAAUGAUUCGAAAUAUUCUACUCCCGUACUGAAAGACGAAAUCCACGGCCUAUAUCGCAUUUGGGAAGAAGCACAUAGAAACGUGACAAAUCAACUGAGCUCGUUAAGAGGUAUAUCGUCCUCGUGGGAGUAUUUCGAUAUGAAUAUGUCCGAAUUGAAAACUGUCCUGAGAGAGGAUCACGAAGCGUUGAACGUAUUGAAUAAAGUUUUAACGGAAAAAGAAAGUAUUACCGUUGAUGUAGCUAGCUCGAUGAAGAAUAUCGCCAAAUAUCUUCCUGAAAAACAACAUAAUUUAGUUAAAGCGAAUAAUAACCAUAAUAAUAAUAAUUGUUUAACGCAUUUGGAUUCCGAUCACGUGGACAAUAUGUCGAGCUUUUUGAUGAGUACCUUGAACGUGGAAGGAUCGUUUUCUGAUAGUGGAAUAUCAGAUUCCGGUUCUGAACAUGAUCUUAGCGAACGUGAAAGACGUUUGGGGUUGCUCAAAAAGCUCGCUAGGCAUUUAGAAUCUGUGCUGGCUCCCGGUAGCGAAGCUUUGCUGAAUAUUAUAAAGAAAAUUGACGAAGCUGAGAAAGAAAUACGCGAAUUGCAACAGACCUGCCGAACUUUAAUAAAAACCGCCGAUUUCGAUAAGAAACAAAACACCAGCAGUAUCUCGAAGAUGGAUAAACCAUCGGUGGAAAGCUUUCGCAAAGAAUCAAAAUGUACGAAAAAAGCGAAAUCCGGCGAUCCGGAAUCAGAUCCGGAUAAAAGCAGGUCGCGAUUUUGGAGAGUGCUUCGUGCAGCUUUGCCAUUUCACGUGGCGAUCGUGGUGUUAAUAUGCGUAGCUUGUUUAUUGGAACCUAAUUGUUGUGACGCUAUUAAUAACCUUAACUUAUCAUUAUCGCCGCAACUCAGGUAUAUUUCAGGACCCCCACCUACCUAAAAGAUUAGUGACCUUAUUUUGUUGCAAUUUAGCUGAAGAUGACGUCAAAGGACCCAUCUGUUGUUCUAGUAUGACAAUCGAAAAUUUUUUUUCAAGUCUGAUUUGAUAUAACUUUUUUCCUGCGUUAGUACAAAAUGUCGAAUAAUGUUAUAUUGCUAGGUUUACUUUAUAGAGUAUAUUUUUCCUUCGUAUUGUUUUCUUGUCUGUGUUCUUUUUUUUCUUUUGUAUUGUCCCAAUGCUUGCUUAUUUUCGCGAUUAUGUAAUUUUCCUCUGUAAAACGCGCCAAUGAAAUCACUGCCAAGCAUUGAUAUACAUUCCUUCUCUUGUACGUGUGUCGUUAUUAAAAUUAAUCAGUUGUUUUUUGUGAUAAAAUUCUAUACGAGAAAUUGCAUCGUGAGAUUGUAACGUAAAGAUUUUGAUAGUUUUGGUUUAAAAGUCUCGUUGAUAUUUUGAUUUGUUAAUUUUUACACGAUGAAAUUUCCACGAUAGAAUUUUAUAUAGUAAUUUUUUAGAAGAUUUUUAUUUUGUUGUAAUUUUAAAUUGAUUUCUCACGUGUGUGUGUGUGUGUAUAUACGUAGGAUCAGAAGUGAUAAGACUACUCGUAGUUUGGUAAAUUGAUGAAUUUUUAACAAUUUUUUUUUAACCGAAGUCUUUUUUUUAUAUCGUACUAGUUUUGUUGUAGUUACCAAAAAAUUUAAAUUUGCAACUUUUGAUACUACUUUUUUUGUUUUGGUAUUUUUUUAGAUUUCUAUAUAUUUUUCUUUUUUUUUGAAACGUUUUAUUAUUAUGUAAGUACAAAACAUGUUUUUUCUCGUAUUACGUAUACGUUGUCUUCCUUUUAAUCAGGUUUUUUUAAUUUUACCGAUCUCGGCAAUAUUUUCACAUUUUAAAUGUCUCGCAACUGUAUUGUACAUUUUGUAAUUUGAUGUGUGAAUUUUGUAAUGAAAUUGUAAAGCUGAAUUGAGAAAAUGUUGAAGCAUUUGGAAAUUUUUGAAACAUUCGAGUUAACAUAAAAAUAACACCUUUCGAAUAAGUUGAUUUUUUUUUAUUCAUUAAACGCUAUCGCUUCAGAUUUAAAUGAAUACUGAAAAUUGUCGGGUAUCCCAGUUACCGGUUCAUUAUGAAAUUUUUUAAUACGAUCGUUUGAAAUGGUCACCAAAGAAUUUUUAAUUGAAAUAAAUUUAAUUGUACCAAAAAUGAUAGAUUUUGAUAAGUUUUUUUAUCUGUAUUUUUAUUAUCUCGAAGAUGUAACGGUUUUUUCCCGUUGGAAAAAUGAUGUAUUUAUGUACUUGUAAAUGCAUUAAAUCGAUUACAUAAUAAAGUAAUAUAAUGCAUGUUAAUUUUAUUACUAAUUUUAAUAAUUUAUAACGUUUAUUAAUUUUAAUAUGUUAAAGCAUUAUUUGCGUAAGUUAACGAAAACGUGUUCAUAUUCACGAUGUUUUAAAAACCUUUUUUUCUCAUUUUAGUUCCUUUUAAUGAAAUAACGAAAAAACUGAAACGUUAUUUUUAAUGAAUUUUACUCUUUUUUUUUGUUUUUGGUAAGAGUAACUUUUUUUUUAUUUUUUUUAUUUUAAAACUUAAUUCAUACAACGAAAUCUUGCUGAUGCUGUACAUUUUCGAAUUAGUUGGUGGUUGAAGAAAUUUCUUCGCAGAUGCUUUUUUCCUGGUAAUUUUUUUUUCUUUUGUAAAGAAUUCGAAUAAAUGUGUUGAUCACCUGUA